CCUGUUACGUGUAUUCUUCUCUGAAUUACAACAUUGUUACAGUAUGGCUUCCAUCGUGUCUUCCCUGGGCAACGAGAAAGAGGCAAGGCUUCGAAGUUUUUUCUCCCUUCCUGUUCGUUUUCAUCUUCUGUACAAGAGCAGUCAACAUGGGGCCCAAAGCACUCAGCUCUUCUCCAGUUUCGAUACAAAUGGCAAGUUUUUGCUUGCUGUGUUCCUUCAGUCGGGGUCAGUGAAAGGAGCUUUCAUGAGUAAGUCCCUGAAAUAUGGAACAGACUUCUCUGACCCAGAGGCAUUUGUGUUUGAACUAAAUGAGCAUGAUGCCACACAGUUUCCAGUGAUAAACCCAGCCAAAGCUGUCACGGUCAGCAACCAACAAGCUUCCACCAACUAUGGCUAUGGAUCUGCGCAGAAUUCGGUUGGUAUCUCCUUUGGAAACUGCUUAAACCUAAAAUUGGAAAAUGGCUCCUGGAAUGUGAGCUUUUGCACAGAUGCGACCUAUGGAACAACAUGGGCUCAGGAGAACAGCAUUUACUGUGUAGAUGUGGAGCUCCACCUUGUCCAAGAUGUGGCUGAUGUUUUACCAACCCCUUGGAACGAAGUGUCCUGGACAGAUACAACAAGGGAAGCCCUAAGGGAGGAAUUUGUCUCUUUCAAGCUGCCAUCUAACUUUCCAGUGUCACGGGUUAAGGCUUUGCUCUUGGGCCCAGUGGGUUCUGGAAAAACCUGUUUCAUCAACUCCAUCAGAUCCACCAUGUACAAGCGGAUUGUUCGUCUGCCCAACGUCGGCACUGCAGUUCAUGGGUUCACCAAGAAGCUGACAAAUUAUGAUGUCUAUGGAGAAAAACGAGGUUCUCCGACUGUUCUGAGUCUCUAUGAUGUGAUGGCAUUAGGAGAUGAUGACACUGCUGGUCUUACUUUCUCAGAUGCCCUAGCUGUCAUCAAAGGCCACGUCCCGAAAGGAUACAAGUUCCAGCCUGACACUCCAAUCACAGAUGCAGUAUGCGGCUACAAUGCAAAGCCUUCCAAAAAUGAGCAGGUUCACUGUGUGCUCUUCACAUUUGAUGCCUCAAAGUUGACACAAUACCCCAGCAGCCUGAAGUCCACACUUAGGAAACUAAAUGCAACCCUAUCAGACCUCGGUAUUCCUCAGCUGAUUGUGCUCACUCAUGUGGACCAGGUGUGUGUUGCAGUAAAGGAGAAUUUAAAGAAUGUCUACUCCAGCCGAACUGUGCAGGAUAAGAUGCAGAAAGCAGCGGAGUUGGUGGGAUUACCAUUGUCCUACGUGCUGCCAGUUAAGAACUACGUUUCCCAGCAGGCUGUGGACUGCAACUCUGACAUCUUGAUCCUGAGUGUGAUUACAAGCAUUCUACAGGCUGUUGAUGAUACACUUGAGGACCAGUAUCCCUGUACACAUAAAGUUGAAGUCGUGUAGACUUAUAGAAUCUGUAUUAAAAAAUUGUGGUCAUUAAGUAGGCUUUAAUCUAGUGUUUACACUGUAUGACAUAACACAUGCACGUUUAUAAUGUUUUAUUUCCGUUAUAAUAGAGCACUUCUAUUAAUAUUAAACAUCUCAAAUCAUUCCUGUCCUUAUUAAAAAUAGACAGUGAAAACCUUUGUUUUGACAUAUUCUUGUUUCUUUCCUCAUUUCUAUCCUACAUUCCUUUGUUUCACUACAAUGUACAGUGGGGAAAAUACUGUAAGUAUUUGAUCCCCUACAGAUUUGUAAGU